GGAUAUAAUCCGGGGCGACAAGUGUCGGAAGAAGAGCGCGCGCGUUCAAUAUUCAAAUUCGAAUCCGGCCGGGAUAAGCUACCAAUAUAAUAUACACAUCGUACAAGCGCGCCAUAACACACGGCUCGCACGUAUUGAUCGCGCGCGGGUCUCGUUUCCCUCGCGCAAAACUCGCGCUCGUCCCCAGUGGCUCGUUCCUCGCAGUCAGAAGGUCCUUACAUCCCGAGUACCAGUGCCUACAGUCGUGCCCCGUGAAAAUCGGAAAAUUCCCAAAGUACGCACUUGUUGUGCAGUGUGCAUAUAGGUACAUCUGUAUUCUAUAUUUCUUAUAUACUUUGUACAUAGACAUAUGAGCGAGUCGCGGGUUCGAGAGCGACUGCGCGAACUUUCCCUCUUUCUCUUCCGCGCCAACUGGACGGAGUAUACAGUGUCCGAAGGCGGGCAGACGGCAUUCGAUCGUCGAGCUGCGAGCUAGACGCGGAGAAAGCCGACAAAGCUCGGGUCUGCUGAUAACAAGUUGUCGGGAGAGUAUAACUGAAGCGUUGAAAAUGACAGUGGAGAAGAAGAUGGCGACGUACUCGAUGCAGCGACUGGACGCAGCGCUGCUCUGGCUCUGCCUCAUCGGCGUCGGCGUCUCCUACUACGCCUACGUCGUCGAGACGGCCAAGGAGAAGGACAAGGACUACCAGCCCUACUGCGACAUCAGCGAGCACGUCAGCUGCACCAAGGCCUUCAUGUCCGAAUACGGCAAGGGAUUUGGCCUGAUUCCAAAGGAUUCGCAGUUCUACCUGCCCAACAGUCUCUUCGGGAUAGUUUUCUACACGACGGUGGCUUCGCUCAGUCUGUUCAACAACUACUGGAACACCGCGCUCAUGCUGAUCGUGUCAAUUAUCUCGAACCUCUUCUCGAUCUACCUGUCGCGCAUCCUCUACCUGCUGGAGGACGUCUGCAUCGUGUGCGUGAGCACGUACGUGCUCAACGCCCUGAUAAUGAUCCUGUCGUUGAGGAAGAUCCGCGAGAUCAACCGAGUCUCCUCGAAGAAGAGGAAAACCAAGUGAACUGUGGGAACGACAACGAGCUCGACGAAAAAAUACUCUUUAAGGAAACACAAAAACAAACAAACGCCUCGUUAGGAAGGCCGCAGGUUUCUCUCGCCUUCUCGCGCGUCUCUUUCUCAGACUAAGCUUUUAUAUAUAUAUAUAUAAUCUCGUUUGACAGCCUAUUUUUAUAUUUUAUAUAUUACAUAUACACAUUCCUUUUUCUAACACUUUAUGAAAACACGCGCGAGCGCUAUGUUCUUUAAAAGGCCUAUUGACGUGUUUGCGUGCAGUCAUAUUAUAUAUCGGUGUCUUGGAGGAUUCGCGAGAUUUCUUUUACAAAUGACAGAACAUUGAUGCACCUUUUUUUGUUCAUUACGUUGUGAACGUUCUUAGAAGUAUUUAUUGAUUUUUAUCAUUGUUAAUGUUUGAGAUGUUAAUUUAAGGUCAGUAGCUAGUAGUGGUUAAUGGCAGGCUACAAAAAUUCGAUCUAUCUCUAGAUCCUUAAUAGCUAGAUACACGUGUAGUUUUUGUGAUUUUUAUCAAGUAGACGCUACUUGACGAAUGGCAGCCACUAUUCUCUAUAAAUUAAUUCAUUGUUUAUCUCUUACAGAAGUAUACAAUUUAUUACAAACGUAGAGCUUAAACUAAUAAUAUAUAUUCUAUUCUUUUUAAUAACCUCUUCUGGAAAGAAUAAAAAGAAAGAAAAAAAAAAGAUAAAAAUCAAACGUCUAAGACAUAAUAUAAUUUUAUAAACUCAAGAUUCUUCAAAAGAAAGAAAGAAAUAUAUAUAUCAACAACUCUCAAGUGUUCAUAAAAUUUGAUAUUGUCAAAUAUUAACGAGUCUUUUCUAAUCUCUGGUGUAUACAAAGAUAAAAAAAAUUAAAAAAAAAAACAUAAAACUGUA